ACUAAUCUAUCUGAUCAUGGCAUAUCUUUUUGUUCGUGUUCUGCUAAUAGCAGGAGCUCUCUUAUUUGGCAUAUCUCCAUCAGCAGUUGCCGUGUUCGUCAGCAUCGACUGCGGCUCCUCUGAAUCUUUUGUUGACGAGAACAACAUCAGGUGGGUUGGAGAUGAUACGUACAUUAAAACCGGCGAAAGUCAUACCGUCAGAAACCCGGAUUCGGUGAGUAAGCGUGAGUACAGAACUCUAAGGGUUUUCACGGGCAAGAAGAAUUGUUACUCCAUAGACGUGCCGAAGGGGGAGCGUGUCCUUAUUCGUGCAAAAUUUCACUACGGAAAUUAUGACGGAAGGUUGUCUCCACCAAUUUUUGAUCUUCAGUUCGACGGCAACAAAUGGGAUACCGUGGAAAUUGAGGCUGAUGAAUGGGUUUACUACGAAAGAAUGUACGUGACAAAGCUUGAUCAAGUGAGCAUCUGUGUCGCCAUGACAAAACCUGGUCAAUUACCCUUUAUUUCUGCCAUUGAAGUAAGGAGCUUGGACUUCGGCAUGUAUGGAUACCUCGAUCCAAACUACUUUUACUAUUCAGAUAGGACAAACUAUGGGRAUUCUACUCGUAUAAGGUUUCCAGGUGAUCCAUUUGAUCGAUAUUGGGAAGGAGAACUAGGAGAAAGCUUAUUACCAAUUUCGGUUGGGAGUGAAACACGAAUCCUGGACACAGGCCUGCUAGAAAAGCCUCCCCAGUCUGUGUUACGAACGGCAGCGGCUCCCCGAAAGUCGUCUCAGAUAGUACUAUUAAACUAUACCUAUUCAACCGAGCUCUACAUCAAUACAUACUUCACUGAAUUGUCUCAGCUCAACUCUUCUCAGAAGCGAUCGUUUACCGUUUACAUGAACGAUGAGUCGAUCUCGAAUCCCAUAAUCCCACCUUAUCAAUCUGCUCUCAAGAUUUCCUUCAACAUUAGCUUUAAUUCAUCUAGUACAGUGCUCUCUUUGGUCCCCACCCGCGAUUCAACUCUUCCACCAAUAAUCAAUGCAAUGGAGGUCUUCGAAAAAGAUGCUGAAUUAACUGACGGAACAUAUUACACAGACGUAAAGGCGCUAGCGUUGUUACAGAGAGCCUAUUAUAAGCUCCAAGAAUGGAGGGGUGACCCCUGUCUUCCUGAAUCGUUUAAUUGGGAUUGGGUGGAAUGCAGCAACGACGCGAUGCCUCGAAUAACAAAACUGCAUCUUGGCAACAUUGGACUUGAAGGCCCUCUUCCAGACUUUAGUGCCAUGGAUGCUCUUCAAGAAAUAGACUUGAGCAAUAACAAAUUAAGUGGAGAAAUUCCUGAUUUCCUUGGAAAUUUUCCACAUUUGACACUGUUGAACUUGACAAAUAACAAAUUUCGUGGAUCAAUUCCUUCCUCGCUCGGAGGAAAUAACAGAAUAAAACUUUAUACUUCUGGCAAUCCAGAUUUGUGUGAGUUGGGAAAUUCAUGUUCAAGUCUACAGAAUGAUAAUAGUAGCCCUACUCCUAAUCCAAGCAGAGUGCAGGGAAUGAAGACUGAAAAAUUGCCCAUAAUCCUUGGAAUUAUAUUUCCAAUUUUCUUCUUCGUCCAUGCUUAGAGCAGAUCAAGUCAUCAAGGCAAGAUUAAAAAAUUUAUUAUAUGCGUGCAACUCGGUUUCAACUCUUGACCGGUUCUUCCUCACAUCCCCCAAAGCACAAGUUGAGUAGCAAAGCAAGAUCAUCAGAUGCAAGUCACUGUUAUUAUUUCAUCAUUUUGAAUUUUUAUGGGGCCAAUUUGGCAAUUUGCACUCUUAAUUCAAAACCUAAGUUUUGAGAUUUAUGGUUCA